AUGCCCCGUUCCGAAGAAGCCGAAUGGUGGAUCAACGCCGUCCACGAAACCGUCCAACUCAUCCCCGCCGGCACGGUAACAACCUACGGCCAUGUAGCGUUGUUUCUAGGUGAACCAAAACGAGCACGCCAGGUCGGAAUCGCAUUGAAACAUCUUCCCGCGGAGGAAUCCGGGGAAUACUUUCAUGCGGGGAAUGUGCCGUGGCAGAGGGUUAUUAAUUCGAAGGGGAUGAUUUCGCAUCGUGAACCCGGAGGCGCAGAGCGACAAGCAGACGUCCUUCGCGGUGAAGGCGUGGAGGUUGAUACGGACGCGAUGGGCGAGUUCUACGUGGAUCUAGCCCGGUAUGGCUGGUUUCCUGAUCCGGAGGCUGAAAGUGAGGAAGAAUCAUAG